AUGGGUUCUUCAAAGGGUCUCCAGCCUCUGCGCUCUGCUUCCAAGACUUUGAAUGCGCUGCCCGCAGCCUAUGCUGGCGCGCAGAUCGCAUCGAGACGGUAUGCGGGGACGCUCGCAAACUUCAAGAUUCCUACUAUCAACAACGAGCCUAACCAACAUUAUGCCAAAGGCUCGGUAGACCGCCAGAAGCUUCAAGAUGCGGUUGCACGUAUGAAGAAGCAAGGACCAGUACAAGUACCUCUUGCCGUAGGAGGAGAAUACAUCAACAACUCCUCAAUCCUCACCCAGAAUAACCCCUCCUCCCACGCCGACGUUAUCGCCAAAUACUCCAACGCCAGCGCAGCCGAUGUGAAGAAGGCCAUAGACGCAGCCCUAGCUGCCAAGCCAGCAUGGGAGGCACUUCCCUUCGCCGAACGUGCAUCGGUGUUCCUGAAGGCGGCCGACCUCGUUGCCACAAAGUACCGAUACGAGAUCAUGGCUGCGACCAUGGUGGGACAGGGCAAGAACGCGUGGCAGGCCGAAAUUGACUCAGCGGCUGAGCUGUGCGACUUCCUGAGGUUCAACGUCAAGUACGCGGAAGACACAUACGGACAUCAGCCAACACAUAACUCACCAGGAGUCUGGAACCGCGUUGAGUACCGACCUCUCGAGGGCUUCGUCUAUGCCGUGUCACCAUUCAACUUCACAGCCAUCGGCGGUAACCUUCCUGCAGCCCCAGCCCUAAUGGGUAACGUCGUUGUCUGGAAGCCAUCCCCAUCUGCGAUCGCCUCGAACUGGCUUCUUUACCAGAUUCUCAUCGAGGCCGGUCUUCCACCAAACGUGAUCCAGUGGGUGCCCGGUGAUGCUGUGGAGGUAACUCAGGAAGUCCUGAACCACAAGCAAUUCGCAUCUCUACACUACACCGGUAGCACAGCGGUAUUCCGUCAACUAUACGGAAAGAUCGCGAACGGUGUGGCUGAGGGCAAGUACCAGAGCUACCCCAGGAUCGUUGGUGAGACAGGAGGAAAGAACUUCCAUCUCGUCCACAAAGAUGCCGACAUCCACAACGCAGCUAUCCAGACCGUCCGCGGUGCUUUCGAGUACCAAGGCCAAAAGUGCAGCGCCUGCUCCCGUCUCUACGUACCCGAGUCCGCAUGGCCCGAAUUCAAAGAGAUCCUCGUUCGAGAAGUCGAAGCCCUAAAAAUCGGCGAGCCCACCGACUUCUCCAACUUCAUCGGCCCCGUCAUCCACGAGGCAUCCUUCAAGAAGCUAUCCGGCGUCAUCGACGAAGCCAAGAACGACAGCGAGCUCGAGCUCGUCGUGGGCGGCAAGUACGACAGCAGCAAGGGCUACUACAUCCACCCAACCAUCUACCGCACCAAGAACCCCAACCACCCCCUCCUAUCUCGCGAACUCUUCGGCCCCGUCCUUGUAGCCUACGUCUACGACGACGCUGCGCCCAACGCCUUCGCCAACAUCAUCAAGCAGAUCGACGACACGUCUGAGUACGCAUUGACUGGCGCCGUGUUCGCAAAAGACAGGGAGACUAUCAAGUACGCGUCUGAGAAGUUAAGGGAUGCGGCCGGUAACUUCUACAUCAACUGCAAGUGCACGGGUGCGGUUGUAGGUCAACAGCCGUUCGGUGGGUCGAGGGCUAGUGGAACGAACGACAAGGCUGGUAGUGCGAACUUGUUGGCGAGGUUCGUGAAUAUGAGGGCGAUUAAGGAGGAGUUUAUGCCUACGGAGAAGGUUACGUACCCUAGCAACGAGGUGUAA